AUGUCAAAACGCGCUAGACGAGACUCCGAAUCUGAUGUGCACCAUAUCUCUGCAACUGACGAUUUGCUGGCUCAAAACAUACAACCGCCCGGCAAGUAUACACAUCUGGAUUCUUCAACUCCAGACACCGCAAACACGACCAUAACAUGUGCUCUGCCUCCGCACCAUCCAAUCAAAUUCACCACAUACAAUGAUUACGAGAUACACUAUCACAAAGCACAUUCGUUCAGGUGUUUAGAAUGCGGCAAGAACUUUCCAACCGAGCAUUUUCUUUCUCUGCAUAUUGCCGAGAGCCACGACCCUCUCAAUCGUGUCAAGAAAGACAGAGGCGAAAAAACAUAUCAUUGCUUCGUCGAGGACUGCGAAAAGGUUUGCAGCACGCCUCAGAAACGCCGUAUGCAUUUGAUCGACAAGCAUAUGUUUCCGCGUAACUACGAUUUUCAUAUCGUGAAUCAUGGCUCCGAUAACCGCACUUCGUUGCUGAGACCAGAAGGAAAUAGUCACCGAAAGCAAGGCAAGGCUCAGAGCAAGCUGGUCGAAGAGGAUAACACUCAAGGCCUCGAUGCGUCCGACGCUAUGGAGACUGAGGUAAAUGCAGUCAACAAUCUCGAUGAAUCGACAAAGGAUGAAUCCAUGAACGACAUCGCUAAUGCAAUGGCUGCACUCAAAUUCGUGCCCAAAUCCAUCGCUUUUGGAAGAGGCCGGCAACGGGGAGGGUUCUCGAAAUCUUGA